CAAGUCUACUUCAAUAAAUGAAGGAGAAUAAAGAAAAUUCAAGCCCUUCAGUAACCUCAGCAAACCUGGACCACACAAAACCAUGUUGGUACUGGGAUAAGAAAGACUUGGCUCAUACACCCUCUCAGCUAGAAGGACUUGACCCAGCCACUGAGGCCCGGUACCGCCGAGAGGGGGCUCGGUUCAUCUUUGAUGUGGGCACACGUUUGGGACUACACUAUGAUACCCUGGCAACUGGAAUAAUUUAUUUUCAUCGCUUCUAUAUGUUUCAUUCCUUUAAUCAAUUUCCAAGAUAUGUAACAGGAGCUUGUUGUCUCUUUCUGGCUGGGAAAGUAGAAGAAACACCCAAAAAAUGUAAAGAUAUCAUCAAAACAGCUCGUAGUUUAUUAAAUGAUGUACAAUUUGGCCAGUUUGGAGAUGACCCAAAGGAAGAAGUAAUGGUUCUGGAGAGAAUCCUACUACAGAUUAUAAAGUUUGAUUUACAGGUAGAACAUCCAUACCAGUUCCUACUCAAAUAUGCAAAGCAACUCAAAGGUGAUAAAAACAAAAUUCAAAAGUUGGUUCAAAUGGCAUGGACAUUUGUAAAUGACAGUCUCUGCACGACCUUGUCACUUCAGUGGGAACCAGAAAUCAUAGCAGUGGCAGUGAUGUAUCUCGCGGGACGUUUGUGCAAAUUUGAAAUACAAGAAUGGACCUCCAAACCCAUGUAUCGGAGAUGGUGGGAGCAGUUUGUGCAAGAUGUCCCUGUGGAUGUUCUGGAAGAUAUCUGCCACCAAAUCCUGGAUCUUUACUCACAAGGAAAACAACAGAUGCCUCAUCACACGCCUCAUCAGCUGCAUCAGCCCCCAUCGCUCAACCCCACACCACAAGUGCCACCAGUGCCACCAUCACAGUCGGCUCCAGGCCCUGAACCACCGCAGCCCCCACAGAAGGACCCGCAGCCAUCAACCCAGCCGCUGCCACCACGACAGCAAGUCAAGCAGCCCAAGAAACCGUCCCCACAGCCUAGUCCCCCCCGCCAGGUGAAGCGAGCCAUGGUUGUUUCUCCCAAAGAAGAGAACAAAGCAGCAGAAUCACCACCACCUAAAAUUCCCAAAAUAGAGACCACUCACCCUCCAUUGCCUCCGGCCCACCCACCACCAGACCGGAAGCCUCCCCUCGCGACUGCCUUAGGUGAGGCUGAGCCACCAGGCCCUGUGGAUGCCAGUGAUCUCCCCAAAGUCCAGGUUCUUCCUCCGGUCCACCCUGUGCACCAGCCACCACCGCUGCCACACUGGCCACCGCCACCCUCCAGCUACAUAACCGGGAUGUCCACCACCAGCUUCUACAUGUCUGGAGAGGGCUACCAGAGCCUGCAGUUCAUGAUGAAGACCCAGUGCCCCUCCUACAGUGCCCUGCCCCCUGCCUACGGGCCUCCAGCCUACAUGCCCUACCACCAUGUCUACCCCCCCAACCCACCCCAACCACUGGUGCCCCCUCUCCCAGCCUCCUUCCCCGCACCUGCCAUCCCACCCCCAACUCCCGGGUACCCUCCACCUCCACCCACCUACCACCCAAACUUCCCGCCCCCACCCCCACGCUUGCCCCCCACCCAUGCCGGUCCACCUCACCCUCCAGGCCUGGGCCUGCCUCCAGCUAGCUACCCACUUCCAUCUGUCCCCCCUGGAGGACAGCCACCUGUGCCCCCACCCAUCUCCCCACUGGGCAUGCCUCCAGUCGGGGGUCUGGGGCGUGCAGCCUGGAUGAGAUAACCUGAUGCCUUUUUUCCCCCUUUGUUUUUUUAACAAGUUUUUCUAGUUACCUUGAAGGGUAGUUGAAGUGAGGAAGCAGCAGGGUACCUUGUAUAAUGCUGGACAGUUGCAGUGUGGGAAGACAUGGACCAGACCUGGGAGAUGGAUCAAAUGGUCCUCCAGGCCCGGAGUGGGGACAGUCUCGGCAGUGCCCGGGCCGCCCAGCUGUGCUGGUGUCGGCUGAGGGCCGCGUCCUGCACUGGUUUUAAACAGUCCAGUUCCAUCUGAAGUCAAGCUGUCGUCAUCACUUCCAUUCCGUGUUCUCUUCCAUGACACCCAGUCGGUCAGAAGAACCUUUUUGAUUUAGAGAUAUUUACAUCUUUGUAUUAAAGUUAUUUUGAAGGGG